AGGAUACAUGAAUAUGAAUAAAACUGUAUACAUAAGGACUGUAAACUAAUCUAAUAAGGAGCUACAUGUAUGUACAUGGGCUUUGCAGGAGGAAAUGCAAACUCAUGGACACAGAGUUGCAACCAAGAACACGUAGAAGAAGAAUUAGUGUCGUCUGUGGCUUCAUCAAGUUAAGAUCACUUUUUGGAAGAACCUGCGGCCGUGUAAGGAGUUGGUUUGUUUAUUCUCAAUAUUGUGACUAGGGUGUCUUCAGAAGACUCCAAGAGGCUGGAAGAAUUGAGGCUUUGCAUGGUGGAAUAUGAUCGAAUGGAAUUAUAAUCUAUGGCUGUUUGUGUUUUAAGAGGCGCUGGCUCUGUAAAGAGCCAGUUGGUUUUCAUUUGUACAAUUUUGGCUAGUGUGCUUCAGCCAUCAUCAGGGGACUAAAAGGAGAGGAAUUUUCUAGACAUGUGUGGAUGAUACAUAAGCUAAGACUGAUUAACAACAAAGAUGGAUUUCUUAGAUGUACAAAAGUAGCAAUUGUACUAAUAAAAAACUGGAUGAGAAAAAGGAGAAAUAGUAGGAUGAGAAAUGUUCUAAUUAUAAAAGACUUUCAAAGUAAAGAAAAUCAGCUGUUGAGAAACUACUGCUCUUGGACCUUCAUGUACUGCUCUUCUGCUGAGGCGAUGUUCCUGAAACCUUUGUGAAAUCUAUACCCCAGGAGUUUACCAAAAAGUGGAAAUGCCAUCAUUUCAACAUUGAACUCCUGAAAACUGGGUUCUAAUUUCAGACUGCUUAUUUGUCAGCAACAACUCUCGUCCAUGAAAAUAGAGAUGAAUGGCAAAUUUCCGUACCAGAGGCGUUUUUCUGGAUGGCAUCUUCGGUAUUUCCAUCCUGAGAAAGAUGCAGAGCUGAAGAGUGAGAAGAUGACAACCUUCAGGAGGAUGCUUGACCAAGAGUUGGAGCUGUACGAGAAAACCAAAGCCGAGUACGACAUCCAUCCGACAGAGAAACUUCUCAAGGAACUCAAUGGAAUCAAGACUCGUAUUAAGGUUGUGGAGCAUCAAUUGAAUAAGACUGCCAGCAUGCAGCCAAAGUCACAGAUGACAGAGGCAAGAGAGGGGGUCAACCCCGAUCACGAACCUGAGAAUCGGAACGCCAGGCACGAACGAAGCAACAAGAACAGUCAAGAUAAUCAUAAAGAAAAGCGUAAAACAACAGAAAUUAGAUCGUGGUUGCCUCACGGUAUCGUCCAUGCCAGGCAGAGAUCCAGCCCAGAGAGUCUUGGUGUUAUGAUCGAUGCCCCGCCGGGAACAAACCUAAAGAGAAAUAAUUCAGACGCACAGUCCAAAGACGCUGCUAGAAAGAAGCACCUUCGCUCUGUGGUUGGUGCUGAAGCAGAGAUCAGGAAGAGGUCUGAUAACAUCGAGGCGUUAGGAAGGAGUUAUUCAUUACCGGCUGAGCCUGGUGGAGGAGAGAGUGACAUGGGAGACAGCUCCCCUAACUCAACUCCACCCACCAAGAGAAGGACAGACACUGACUCCAGCGUCGACACAUUCGACAGCUCCGCCUCCUCGACCAACCCUUCAGCGUCUAAUCAUAAUCUCAAGACGGCGACAGUCGGUGCGGUGGAGCCAUUCUCCCAAGCCGAGGUCUCCUCCUCUCAGGUCACCGCGACACCCCAGGUGCAGAUCAUCUCUAUGGAGGAUGAUGACUUCCAGUCAGACAAUGAAACGCCGCAUGGAAACGUUAGCCAAUACUUUGAGGAUCAUGGACCAUUCAUCAGUCUGGAGCAGCUAGAGAAAAAACCUGCGCACAUGUCAAUUUUCCUUCAUUAUCUCAUCUCAAACAGCGACCCUUCCAGCUUGUUUUUUUACUUAGUGACAGAUAACUACAGAACCGGAAGUCUGAAAGAGAUGAAGAAAUGGGUUUAUGAAAUAUUCUCUACCUUCCUUGCACCGUCAGCGCCCUUGAGGAUACAAGUCAGUGAUUCCAUUGUGCAUAAUAUUGACAACACAAUGAACACGCAGCUGCAAAACGAAGAGGCGAUGAAAAGUGUCUUCUUGGCCGCUCGACUCGGCGCCACUACCGAGGUGCAGGAGCUACUUGCUGACUUUCGGGCCAAGAGAGCAUUGGGUCUCGGCUCCAUCUUCGGAGAUCAGCAACUUCAUAAUGAAGACAUGGAUCGGUUGCAGGAACUCAAGAUCGUUGAACAGACUCUUAUGCCUCAUCUUGAUCGACUAACCACGCUGGAAGCAGAGCGCGAGGACAAGAACGUCGCCAUGGCGUUCGCAAUCACCACCUUCAUGAAGCAAGUUGGCGUCAGAGUGACGAGCAACAGCGCCCUCGAGAGAUGUCCGAGCUUCACGGCGCGCGACAAACGGCCAAAAUGGGCCAAGAACAAGAAACAGCACAUCAAGGGACAUCAGUUUGUGGAGAUGCACUACCAGAGUACAGUCUUCUGUAACCACUGUAACGGUCUACUGUGGGGGAUCGGCUUCCAAGGGUACCAGUGCCAAAAUUGCGAGUUCAACAUCCACAAGACGGGUCUGUGCCUAGACCAACUCGAAGACCAAUGCCAAGGCAAAGAAGGCAAGAAGAUGAAAAGAGACUGGAGACGGAUGAUCCCCGGCGGUCAACGACGGACAUCGGACAGAAUGAGUCAGUACCUCCCCUCAUCAGUCUUCUUCACAGGUGAUAAGAAGGAUGAGAUUGAGAAGCCAGCGACAUCACCAAAUGCCACCAGUCCGAUCCCUCCAGGGAUUAAUGUCAGAGCUGGAAAUACUGAGGAUGAAGAGAUUACUCAACUGAAAGAGAAGAUCAACGUCGACACUUUGGUGAAGCAGUUUGAAGACAAGAAAGAUGACCCUCUUGUGAGUUCACGUACCUCCCUCCAGACGGACAGCGGCAUCUCAGAAAGUUUUGAUCGGUUACAAGACGUCGCUGAAGGAGAGGCAUCGGCAUCGAGUAAGCGCUCCUUCCUGGCGAGAUCGGCAAGCCUUAAAACCAAGGGUGAGGAGAAACGGGAAAGACGACCACCAGGUGACCGUCGAUCCAGAAGCUCCAACGAACGAACUCCAUCUCAAUCAACAGAUGAUGUAGAUGUGGAUGGGCAUAGCGUCGUCACAGCUCUAAAUAAUACAUCACAUGCCAGCUCAUCUUCCAGCCUGUCAACAAGGCAUGACAGGAGUCAAGAUUCCCCGUCUGCGUCGAACGACUCACUGUCGUCUCGACCGAUCGAAGAGGACGAGGGAGAGGACUCCGACAUGGAGGCCGAGACGGACCCGCCCAACUGGCAAGACCUUGUGGAUAAGGACAUCGUCAAACGUCUCAAACCUAAGGAGGUCAAACGGCAAGAGGUCAUUAAUGAGCUGUUCCACACGGAGAAGUCCCAUGUGCGUAACCUGAAGGUUCUGGACCGAGUCUUCUACCGACCGAUGCUAAGGGAGCAGAUACUAAGCAAGGAGCUUAUCCACGCUGUGUUCCCCAAUCUGAGUGAGAUGUUACAGAUCCAUGGCCCGCUUAAUGACAUCAUGAAGAAGGAGCGGAAGACGUCGCAAAUCAUUCAGGAGGUGGGAUCGUUUCUGCUCAAGACGUUUGACGGUGAGUCUGGUGAGACAGCGAAGCGAGUGUGCGCCACUUUUUGUCAGAAUCAGAAAGCGGCUCUUGAGAUGUUGAAGAACAGACGCAAGAAGGACAGCAAACUUAGUCAAUUUCUUGCCGAUGCUGAGGGCAAUACGUUAUGCAGGCGUCUACCGUUGCAGGCCAUUAUAACGACUGGCAUGCAGAGACUAACCAAGUAUCCACUCCUCAUCGAGAACCUUAUGAAGUACACUCAACCUAAAUUGAAGGAGUAUGCUGCCUUAGAAAGGGCGCUUGUGUGCACCAAGAAACUCUUAGCAAACGUCAAUCAAGCCGUAAAGGAGUGCGAGAAUCAUCAACGAUUGCUGGACAUCAAUCGUCAUCUUGAGAAGGGACCGUUUGAACGCUCCAACCACCCUAUUGCUGCCGAGUACAAGAACCUUUCGCUAACUUCCCGGAAGCUCCUUCACGACGGACCAGUCACAUGGAAACUCAGUAAAACAAAAGUGAUAGAUCUUUAUGCACUUCUUCUGGAGGAUAUUCUAGUCUUACUCCAGAAGCAAGAUGAUCGUUACAUCAUGAAGUGUCACUCCACGACGGUACCGACCCAGCUGGAGGAGAAGAAGAAUACUCAUAGCCCUAUCAUUAAGAUUAACAGCGUACUGUGCAGGGAGGUCGCUACAAACAAACGAGCGUUCUUCCUGGUCAGUACGUCGACGGCCGGACCCCAGAUCUAUGAGCUUACAACCAUCUCGAUGUCGGAACGGCAGACAUGGAUGGACAUGAUCCUUAAGACCCAGGAGGAAGCCAAGAAGGCAGCUCGAGGGGGCACCACGCCGGUCAAUACCAACACCAUUUCUCUCUUGAACAGCAUGCCCGAUCUGCACGAAGAAGAAGGUGAAGAUGUCACAUCAAAAUCAUCUGCGGAGGGUGGUCCAACUAAGGUGAUGGAAGAGGAGUCGAUAAGCGUUGAAAUCAGCAAUCCACCAGAAGUCAGCCAGCCAGAGGUGGUUACACAAAGCACCAAGAUUGCGGAAGAUGUAAGGCAAGACUCUCCACAGGAUAUGUUAUCAUCGUUGUCAAAGACAUUACAAGAGCAAAAAUGUUUCAAAGGGAGCUUUCCACCCAGACCAUCUUUGUUCCAUGAUACAUCUACUGAAGCAAGAGCAAGUGAGAAGGCCAACGGUAUUGUUGCGCUCAGCGAUCCUCUCCAAGUUCUUCUCAAAACUAAUUUUGAGAAGCGAGACACUAAGAGGGAAGAGUUGGUCUUACAAGCAGUCGACAAGAUUCAGCAGCUCAGUAAACACCUUCAGAAUGACGUUUUUCGCCUAGAGUCCGACCUCAAUCAAGCCACUCAAGAGCUAAGACGAGUCCAGCAAGCUCUCCUGAAACAACCGGAAAGCAACCUCGAAGAGCAACGGCGGCGGUCACGACAGGAAGCCCUCUAUGUCCGGACAAAGGACAGCGAACGCACAGCGGAAGAGAAAGCAAAGGCAACACAGAACAGAAUAUCAUUGUCCGGUGAGUCCGGUGGAAGCUCGACAGACUCGGAGGAAUACGGUGCUGUAGAGUUGUCAGAGACUGAGGAAGGGUACACCCCAAAGGAACGACCGAGAAGUUUGGUCGUGGAUGUCGAUGAGGGACCCAGAGACCAGGUGACCAUGAUGGCUGCCUUGGUAUCCGACUUCCACAAAGCAGAGAAACAGGAGGCUGUGGCGGUUUCUAAUGAAGGACUGGUCACCCUGCAGAGGGCAGAGGUGCGUAAAGUCACGGAUGUGGACAGCGCUGAGAUCGAUCAAUUCAUGCAAAGAAUCGGCAUAAGCGCUGAGACGACCGUGAACGGCGUCACGUCUGGAACUAAGGAGGCGUCAUCGGUGAGGCAACCGCAAACCGAAAGCAGCCUGGUUGAUUUCGAUCAGGAGGUGGGUAUGACCGAGAUUGCAGAAGAGUUACCCAACAUUGCGAAUACGGAGCACUGGGAGGACACGACGGUGGAGUUGCCGGGCACGCUAGAGAACACGAUGGUCAUGGCCACCAGGCUAGAUGACCUCUUAAACGAAGACAGUGAGAGCGACCAGGAGACGGUGGUCGCCAGUGGGAGCUUCCUUAACACCAGUCCUGAAAUUGAUUCGUCGUCAGUCGACGAUACCAACGCAAUACUGAGGAGUAUGAACGAUGGGACAGAGACGACCAAUCAGGACCAGUUAGAUCAGGAUAGUCUGGAAAAUGUCGUCAAUGUUGAGAUGAACUCGCAGGUCGUUGGGAAAACGGCGAUGAUUUUAACGGACGUUGGAUCGACGCCGCCACAGACCUUACUUGAUGUGUCGUCGGGGGAGAGUCGGCCAACGAGUCUUGUCUCUGUGGACUCCUUGGCUUGCGAUGAAGGGAGCGAGGGCGGUAGGCUGGAGGAGGUUACUGUCUUAAGAUCAGCUGAUGAAACCAAAAAUAGUGGACCGGAGACUGAUCUACAAGAUGAAAGACCCACUGAACCAAUAAAGGAGGAUCGAGAUGGUAAAGAGCCAACAAAGGAAGACGUAGGUGACAAUGAAGAUGUAGGUGACAAUAAGGGUGUCGAUUUAGAUGCCAAUGUCGUUGAAGAUGUAGGUGACAACAAGGGUCAAGAUGUUGGUGACAAUAAGGGUGUCGAUGUAGAUGACAAUGAGGGUCUAGAUGUGGGUGACAACAACGGUCAAGACAUUGGUGACAACGUCGUUGAAGAUGUUGGUGCCAAUAAAGACAAAGAUGUAGAUGCCACUGAGGAUGACAAUGACUCUGACAUCGAGGACGAUAAUGACAACAAUGGGGACAGUAACGAAGAAGAGGAUGACGAAGGAGAUGAUGAGGAGGACAGUGAUGACGAUGACGACGACUACGAAAUAAUGGAAUAGUCCUCUCGUUAGAAUCUCUUCCACCAAGACCUAAAGACCUCUCCUGCGAUCACGCUGCCUUUACAGUUUCACCAUUCCCAAAACAGUUUUCACCGCUCACAAUAUUCGCAAAGCGCCCAGAUGCAUCUUGUGAUGAGUUCAUUAUCUAAUGCACCGAUCUUAAUUGCUGGAAGUGUGAUGAUGUCACAGUGCAAAGUAUGAGGACGACUGAAAUAAUGGAAUAGUCCUGUCGUUAAUCUCGUUACGCCAAGACCCCCAAAAAACCUCUCCUGCGAUCACGCUGUCUCUACAGUUUCCACCAUUCCCGAUAUUCGCGAAGCACCAUGAUGCAUAUUGUGAUGGGCUUGUUAUCCAAGGUACCGUUCUUAAAGGCAGUGGACACUAUUGGUAAUUACUCAAAAUAAUUGUUAGCAUAAAACCUCACUUGGUAACAUGUA